AUGACAACAGUUGAACCAACUACAACCACCUCUACAACUAGUACUUCAUCGACAUCACCAGUUGCCGUCGCUGCGGCACCAGUAGUCAACAUCAAAGAUAAGAAUAUAUUUGGUACUUUAGAGGUCAAGAUCAAGGAAGUAAAGGGAUGUCAAACCCACUUCCUCCUUGCCAAAUGCGAACUUGCUCAAAAAAAGAGUGAAGUAAAGACUAAAUCUCUUUCAAAUCAUACUUUUGUUGAUGUUUUUGAAUUCCGAGUAUCAUCACCAAAUAGUGAAAUUGAAAUUGAAGCAUGGAAAAAGAAUUUAUUCUUUAAAGACAAGAUUACUGGUAAAUUGACACUUUCCAUCAAUGAUUUGUUGACUGCCAAUGGUGAACCAAAGUGGAUGCCAUUGGCAUCAAACAAAAAGGCCAGACGUCCACGUACAGGUGCUGCUGCCGGUGGUAAUCCAUCGUCGCCAUCAUCACCAGACUCUGAUUCAUCCGCGUCCAAGCCAGCCGACGAGAAUGCCAAGGAGAAUGAUGUUGCCCGUGGUGACACCAACUCUGAGGGUGAAAAGGACACUGAGGAAGAGUCACCAAAGUCACGUGCUCGUUCAGUCAGCCUCUCGGCCAAGAAGCCAAAGGACCCACCCGAGAUCCUUUUAGAGAUCAAGUUUACCAAGAAUGAACCACCCAAAGAGGUGCUCAAGGGUAUCAUCUUGGACGGCGUAUGGACCGCCGACAAUAGUGUUGGCACGCUGACCAACAACCCACACUGGAUCAAGUGCGCUCAGUACUUGCUCACCAUCAAGAAUGAGACGUCGCCCAUCACCAUCAAGCUCCGUCAACCAGAGGGUGUCGACCAACCGUCAACGACGUCAAAAAGGUGGACGACUUUUUCUGCCCCAUUGCCGCCACCUCGAUCGACUGUCCCAUCAAGAUGGAGGUCGGCCAGUUCCUCAUCAUCCCCUACGCCGAGACCUUUGGCUACCAAGGCACCUACAAGCUCAACGUCGACUCGGCCUCGGCCCUCGACAACGUCGAGCUCUACGCGCUCCCCAAGGCCGGCGAAGACAAGCAAUGGCACGAGAUCAAGGUCGAGGGUCUCUGGACCAGCGCCACCAACGGCGGUGGCGACAUCAACACGUUGCACUGGACCAAAAACCCACAAUACUUGUUCACCUUGA